AUGGAUGGGGUGGUGGGAGGCGUAGGGGGGGCCGUGGGGGUCGGUGGGGGGGACAGUCGCUCUGGUCGUACCAGCGGGGACAGUAAGCGGCGCAGCAAGGGGAGCCUGCCCUCCCCGGGGUACCGCCUGUCCCAGGCCUCCCUGGAGGGGGAGCGGGGGCCCGGGGAGCGGGGGCCCGGGGGUGCAGACGGCUCUGCCUCGGGGAGCCGUCGCCGCCCCUCCAUCAUGAGCUCCACCAGGGCCGGCACUCCCCCCACCCCCAUCCCCCUGCCCCCGCCCCCGGCCUCCUCCGCCCAGCCCCGGUCGGUGGGCCUCGCCUCGUCGCGGGCCGCCCUCGCCUCCUCCUCCACCGGCACCGGGGUGGUCGUCCUGGCGACGGGCCUGGAGACCACCAUGACCACGGCGUGCAACACCACAGCCGGGACGCCGGACAUGGGGGGGCUGUACGGAGGGGAGGGCUUGGGCUUGGGGCUGGACGGGGAGGACUACAGCUACUCCAACCAGAGCACCUUCAUCCAGAGGCAGUUUGGAGCCAUGCUGCAGCCGGGCGUCAACAAGUUCAGCCUGAGGAUGUUCGGAUCCCACAAGGCCGUGGCUCUGGAGCAGGAGAGACUGAAAUCAGCCGGGGUCUGGAUCAUACACCCCUACAGCGACUUCAGGUUCUACUGGGACCUGCUGAUGUUGCUGCUGAUGAUGGGCAACCUGAUCAUCCUGCCUGUGGGCAUAACGUUCUUCAAAGACGAGAACACCCCUCCCUGGAUCAUCUUCAACGUGGUGUCUGACACCCUUUUCCUGGUGGACCUGGUCCUCAACUUCAGGACUGGCAUCAUCAAAGAAGACAGCACUGAGAUCAACGACACCUGGGGUGUGCAGUACUCCUAUGCCCUGUUCAAGGCCAUGAGUCACAUGCUGUGUAUCGGCUACGGGGCCCAGGCUCCUGAGGGCCUGACGGACGUCUGGCUGACCAUGCUCAGCAUGAUCGUGGGCGCCACCUGCUACGCCAUGUUCAUCGGCCACGCCACCGCCCUCAUCCAGUCCCUGGACUCCUCGCGGCGGCAGUACCAGGAGAAGUAUAAGCAGGUGGAGCAGUACAUGUCGUUUCACAAGCUCCCUGCGGACGUACGGCAGAAGAUCCAUGAGUACUACGAGCAUCGCUACCAGGGCAAGAUGUUCGACGAGGAGAACAUUCUGGGGGAACUCAGUGAACCACUCAAGGAGGAGAUUGUCAGCUUCAACUGUCGGAGCCUGGUAGCUAACAUGCCCCUGUUUGCCAACGCUGACCCUAACUUUGUGACAGCCGUGCUGACCAAGCUGCGCUUCGAGGUCUUCCAGCCGUCUGACUUCAUCAUACGCGAGGGCACCGUGGGACGCAAAAUGUACUUCAUCCAGCACGGACGAGUCGGCGUCCUCACCCGUGGCAACAAGGAGACCAAGCUCAGCGAUGGCUCCUACUUUGGGGAGAUCUGUCUUCUGACGCGUGGGCGGAGGACGGCCAGCGUGAGAGCUGACACUUACUGCCGUCUCUACUCCCUCAGCGUGGACAGCUUCAACGAGGUGCUGGAGGAACACCCCAUGAUGAGGCGGGCCUUCGAGACCGUGGCUGUGGACCGAUUGGACCGCAUUGGGAAGAAUAAUUCCAUCCUGCUACGGAAGUCCUCCCAUGGGGGCAGCAGUCUGGGUCGAGGAGGGGGCCGGGGGGCUGGGGGGGGUGCGGGAGGGGGGCUGGGGCUGGGGGGGCUGGGCUCGUGUGACAGCGUGCUGGUGCAGCAGAUCGUGAAACACGACAGCAUGCCGGCCAUGCAGGAGGCCAUCGCUGCCGCCGCCGCCGCAGGAAGAGGCGGAGCCUCAGGAGGAAGUGGCACCGUGUCCCCCAGGCCCCGCCCACUCAUCUGGGCCCCGCUGGUCCACGCCCCGCUGCAGACGGCUGCGGCGACCACCAACGUGGCCCUCGCCCUCAUGCAGCAGCAGCAGCAACAGCAGCUCCACCUGCAGCAGCACGCCAUGGGGGGGCCCAUAUUCCUGCCCUCCCCUUUCUCUUCCAUCUCUCCCUCCCCCUCCUCCUCCUUCCCCCUCUCCUCCCCGCGGCCCCCCGUCCUGCAGCCCCUGCGCCCGUCUGUCAGCUCUCUGAUUGGCAUGAUGGGGGUGGGGGGCAUGGGGGGGCUGUCUCCCAGAGGGAGGUUCUCAGUUUCCCCGUGCCCCACACCGAUAGGACCCCAGGGAGGCCUCUCAUCUCCCCCUGUCGCCAAAACCCAGCCCAUUGCCUCCUCGCUUCCGCCCGCUGUCCAAUUAGGAAGGACCCAACAUUACAGUCUCCGCCUCCACACAGACCUCCCCUCAACUAUUGGUGGAUCCCACGGAGCCCCAGCGGGAGGGGGAGCCGUGACUCCACCCCUCCACAAGGUGCCCCCCGCCAACCCCACCGCUGCCCCUGGUGGUGGCACAGACGGCCACAGUUCCAGUGGCGGCCAGCAGGGGGCCAAAGAGGCUCUGCUGCGGUACGGAGUGGGCAGCUCCCAGGGUCUGCCUGUGCUGGGUCGACUCACUCAGGAGGCCAGGCUGCUGUCGGCCUCGCAGCCCACCCUGCCUCACCGCUCCUGGGCAGGAGUGCAGCCUCACCCCCCUCUCUAUCGCAAAGCCUCUGGAGGUAACCUGCUGUCUGCCCAGAUCCUGGCAGGGGGUCAGUUAGCGAGGGGGGGCAGUGCGGGGGUGUUGAGUUCCAGUGCCUCUCCAGUCCAGGCUCCGUUUCAGCAGAUUCCUCCUCUGAACACACAUGUACAAGCCACACAGGCCUUAGUCACAGCCAUCCCUGGCCCCCUCUCCGCACACAUCUCCACACACCUAGUUUCCCACUUCCCCCCCUCACCUGCACCCGUGGCCACGCACCCGCACCCUGCCCCGCUCUACACAUCCAUGCCCCUCCACACCUGCUCACCUGCCUUCCUGGGCUCCUCCUCUUCCCCCGGUCCCACCCUCCACUCCUCUGUCCCCCCCUCCUCAACGCCGGCCCCUUCCUCUCCCACCCCGGGGCUGCCCAUCACCCCCCCUCGCCCCAAACCCUCGCCUACACCCCCGUCUCGCUCCUCCUCUCCUCCGCCCUGCUCCACCCCUACCGCGGGAACAGCCUUUGUGUCGCUGGCUUCAACACCGCGCCCUAAACCCAGCCUCACUCCUCCCUCCAGCUCCUCCUCCCCUUCUCCCUCAUCCACCCCUCCCAUCUCUGUCUCUACCCCCUUCUCCUAUCCUCAGACUCAUGGGCCCAAGUCCUCUCUCUCCUCCCCUUCUCCUUCCUCCACCUUCACCUCCUCCCCUCCCCUUUCCCAUACUCCCAGACCCAAGGUCUCCAACACUCCCCCAUCACCUUCUCCUCUGUCCGGGCUCAGUCCGACCCACGCCCCCCUCCCAUCCCAAACACCCACCCCCUCCCAAACCCGUACCCCCACCCCAACCCCACCCCGCACCCCAACUCCUGCUCAAACCCCCAUCCAGACCGGCACCCCUACAUCAACCCCACCUUGUUCUGCUCUGACCUGCACUCUUACCCCUGCCUCCUCACAAACCCCAUACCAGACCCCCACCCCCUCCCAACCAUCCACUCCUAUCCAAACCCUAACCCUUACUUCCCCUGCUCCUACUCAGAGCCUAGCCCUAAGAUCUGCACAGGCCCAGAUAAUACUACCGGUGUCCGGCACUACCCCAACCCAGACCUCCAAAGCCCCCCCAGCCCCUACAUCUACCCCAACCCAGACCUCCAAACCUGCCCCAGCCCCAACCCAGACCUCCAAACCUGCCCCAGCCCCUACAUCUACCCCAACCCAGACCUCCAAACCUGCCCCAGCCCCUACAUCUACCCCAACCCAGACCUCCAAACUUGCCCCAGCCCCUACAUCUACCCCAGCCCAGACCUCCAAACCUGCCCCAGCCCCUACCCAGACCUCCAAACUUGCCCCAGCCCCAACACAAGCCCCAACCCAGACCUCCAAACCUGCCCCAGCCCCUACAUCUACCCCAGCCCAGACCUCCAAACCUGCCCCAGCCCCUACAUCUACCCCUACCCAGACCUCCAAACUUGCCCCAGCCCCUACAUUUACCCCAGCCCAGACCUCCAAACCUGCCCCAGCCCCUACAUUUGCCCCAGCCCAGACCUCCAAACCUGCCCAAGCCCUUACAUCUACCCCUACUCAGACCUCCAAACCUGCCCCAGCCCCUACAUUUACCCCAGCCCAGACCUCCAAACCUGCCCAAGCCCCUACAUCUACCCCUACCCAGACCUCCAAACUUGCCCCAACCCCAACCCAGACCUCUAAACUUGCCCCAACCCAGACCUCCAAACCUGCCCCAGCCCCUAAAUCUACCCCAGCCCAGACCUCCAAACCUGCCCCAGCCCCAACACAAGCCCUAACCCAGACCUCCAAAGCUGCCCCAGCCCCCACAUCUACCCCAGCCCAGACCUCCAAACCUCCAGCCCAGACCUCCAAACCUGCCCCAGCCCCAACACAAGCCCCUACCCAGACCUCAAGCCCUGCCCAGAUCCCCUCUCCCUGUCCACCCACUCAGUCGGUCGCAGGCGCCCCAAUCCCCCAGACCCUCUGCCCUGGAGGAAACCCUGCCCACUCCGCCUCUCCCAUGGGGGAGAAGGACCCAAAGCUGCCCCUUACAAAGAAAGACUUGGAAGCACUGAGACAUAAACUCCCCGCCAACAUGUGAGGAGAUAAAGAUGUCUCUGAAGGAGACCAACCGAUUGGACAAUGGACUUGUUGAUUAGGAGGGCUCAUAUCAGGAUAGCCAAUGGAUAUGCAUAGAUAACCACGUGUUCACCUUUGGUACUAAACAUUUCCAUGAAAGUGACUUCUGUUAAACUCUCAGACUAGAAUGUGAUUGACUUAAAACCUUUAGUGUGAACUUGAAGUCCUAAAGCUCGAUGACUCUCUUUGUAUAUGUAGCUCUCUGGAAUAGCGAGCCUUGCAGGUAGUUUUAAAGUCCAAAUGUAUACAUCUAUAUCU